AUCUUCUCUUUUCGUCGUUCCUGUUCGGCAUCGUUGCUUCGCAGGAGGUGCAGAGAUUGCACGCGUCGCUGCUUCGGCUCCUCCGUGGGCUGUUCGACUUCGCUCCUUCGACGACUUUCCCUUACUGUCGGAUCGGAAGCUACGAAAUUUUGAUCGGGAGCUCGCUGGCUGUGAAGGUGGACCGUAAUCCUUCUUAUUGGGUGUGUGAGAUGUUGUUUUUCUCUUGCUUUUUCUCAGUGCUGUAGACGUUUGGGGCUCUUAUUGGAAGCUCAUUCAUGUCGGCCCUGAAGGAACUUCUUCCUCCGGCAAAGUCAACAUCAUCCUCCUACUAUGACCACUCGAAGGAUUCAUGGUUCAGGGAUAGGUUCAGUUCCUCUGCUUCAGAUCCCGCACAAACUCCUGCUGUCAAGCCAAAUCCUGUUCCACCCUAUGGAAAACGUUCCGGCUUUGUUCCUAGGAAGCCGGAGGACUUUGGGGAUGGAGGUGCUUUUCCUGAGAUUCACGUGGCUCAGUAUCCUCUCGGCAUGGGCAGAAAGGAUGAGAAGCCUGGCUCAAAGAUCCUUCCUCUCACAGUUGAUUCCUCAGGAAAGGUUGCCUUUGAUGCAAUUGUGAAGCAGAACGAAAAUGCAUCAAAAAUUGUCUAUUCGCAGCACAAAGACCUUGUUCCAAAGGUUUCUACGGAUGAAAAAGAAGAACCUGAGGAGCAAUUGCAGAAAGAGAUUGAAGAAACUACUCAAAGAACAAAGGCUGCUCUGGAGAAAAUUGUUAAUGUGAGGUUGAGCGCAGCACAGCCAAAGAAUGUUCCAACUCAAUCACAAGAGUCCAAAUAUAUCAAAUACAAACCUUCGCAGCAGUCUGCUGCGUUCAAUUCUGGUGCAAAGGAGAGGAUUAUUAGGAUGGUUGAGAUGCCCGCUGACCCUCUUGAACCUCCUAAGUUUAAGCACAAGAGGGUCCCAAAAGCAUCGGGUUCCCCACCGGUGCCAGUGAUGCACUCUCCACCAAGGCCUGUAACUGUUAAAGAUCAGCAGGACUGGAAGAUUCCUCCUUGCAUUUCUAAUUGGAAGAACCCUAAGGGGUACACAAUUCCUCUUGAUAAGCGUCUUGCUGCUGAUGGAAGGGGCCUUCAGGAGGUGCAAAUUAAUGAUAACUUUGCAAAGCUAUCAGAGGCCUUGUAUGUGGCAGAGCAAAAGGCCAGGGAAGCUGUUGCUAUGAGAUCCAAGGUGCAGAGAGAGUUGAUGCUGAAGGAAAAAGAGAGGAAAGAGCAGGAGCUUCGGGCUCUUGCACAAAAGGCACGAUCAGAGAGGACCGGCAUCGCACCAGCCCCUGUAGCUCCUGCUCAUGCUAUGCUUGAUGAUGACGAUGAUGAUGCAGGAAUGGAACAACAUGAGCCACCUCCUCAUAAGGAGACAAGGGCUGAAAGGGAAGAACGGCUGCAACGUGACAAGAUACGGGAGGAGAGGAGGCGUGAGAGGGAGAGGGAGAGGCGCUUGGAAGCCAAGGAUGCUGCAAUGGGGAAGAAGAGUAAAAUUACUAGAGAUAGGGACCGUGAUAUUAGUGAGAAAGUUGCUCUGGGCAUGGCUAAUACUGGGGCAAGACAGGGUGAAGUUAUGUAUGACCAGAGACUUUUCAACCAGGACAAAGGAAUGGAAUCUGGCUUUACUGGUGAAGACCAAUACAAUAUCUAUGAUAAGGGCCUUUUCACUGCACAACCCACAUUGUCAACACUCUAUAGACCGAGGAAAGACACUGAUUCUGAAAUGUAUGGAGGUGCUGAUGAGCAGUUAGAGAAGAUUAUGAAGACAGAUAGGUUCAAACCAGACAAGGCUUUCUCUGGUGUGCAAGAUAGGCCUUCUGGUAGCAAGAGAGACAGGCCUGUAGAAUUUGAUAAGCAAGAGGAGAAUGAUCCCUUUGGUUUGGAUCAGUUCUUGACAGAGGUGAAGAAAGGAAAGAAAGCAAUGGAUAAGAUUGGUGGAGGGGGUACAAUGAAGGCAAGUGCAGGGUCUUCAAUGAGAGAUGACUAUGAGGGAGGGGGUUCAGGAAGGACUCGUAUUUCUUUUGAGAGGGCACGCUGAGAGUUGGCUAUGAAAAUAAAACUAUACCAUUAGUUUCUGCAACAUCUCUGUGUAUGCUAAAUAUUAAUGCUUAAACUUUUUGAUGUUCAGUCGCAUUUAUUCAAGCAAUUGUGUGAGCACCAGGUUGAUAGUUUGAUUUCAAGUGUUUUGUGAGCAAUAAAAACUAUGAAACUUCCCUACUGAUGUAUAAUAUGGAUUUCAGGAAAAAAAAUUUAAACUUGGAGGUUCUUUUUCCAGAUUGAAUUUUUUUA